AUGACUGAACGAAUUGAGCAAAGAUACUGCAUCAAAUUCUGUCAAAAGCUAGGUGAUUCUCAAAGCCAAACAAUUCGUAAGAUUCAGCAGGUGUUUGGAGAAGAAGCGAUGGGUGUAACACAAAUUAAGAAGUGGUUCAACCGAUUCAAAGAUGGCCGCACAUCAGCGGAGAGUGAGCAACGUUGUGGCAGGCCUCUAACUGCUCAGAGUGCAGUUAAUGUUGAGAGGUUGCGAAAUUUGGUGAUGGCAGAUCGUCGUUUGACAGUGUGGGAGAUUGCAGAAGAGGUUGGAGUGAGUAAAGAUUCUGCACAUACAAUUUUGCGUGAAGAUUUGAACAUGAACCGAGUGGCUGCAAAAUUCGUACCCAAGUUGUUGUCGUCGGAACAAAAAGCACGCCUCUGCACAUUCAUCCCAAUUGAUGCACACUUUCUUAUCCAAACAUGGAAUUACAACCGCUUGCCAACCUCUCUACUCUCCAGACCUGACUCCUUGCAACUUCUGGUUGUAUCCAAAAUUGANGACUUUUAUGCUCCAGGCAGAUGA